GGAGGCUGUGUGUUCUCAUUGGACCCAAAUAUCACUCAAUAAAAUUGAGGAACUUUGAAUAAGAGACGUCUAUAGAAAAAUCAGUACAGACGUUCCUUGAGAAAUAGAUUGCUUAUAAAAUAUGAAAUAUAUUUUAGUAACGGGUGGUGUAAUUAGUGGAGUCGGCAAAGGUGUUAUUGCAAGUUCAUUUGGAACUAUACUUAAACAUUGCGGUAUUCAUGUGACGUCUAUUAAGAUAGAUCCUUACAUAAAUAUUGAUGCUGGCACUUUUUCUCCCUACGAACAUGGGGAGGUAUAUGUAUUGGAUGAUGGUGGAGAAGUAGAUCUUGAUUUAGGAAACUAUGAACGUUUUUUAGAUAUCACUUUACAUAGAGAUAAUAAUAUUACAACAGGAAAAAUUUAUCAACAUGUAAUAUCAAAAGAACGACGUGGUGAUUACUUAGGAAAAACAGUUCAAGGUUUGCAUUGUUGAAUUAGGUGGAACCAUAGGAGACAUUGAAGGAAUGCCAUUUGUAGAAGCUUUCAGGCAAUUUCAAUUUAGAGUAAAAAAAGAAAACUUCUGUUGUGCACAUGUAUCUUUAGUGCCUCAACCAAAAUCUACAGGAGAACCAAAAACAAAACCAACUCAAUCCAGUGUAAGGGAAUUGCGUGGUUUAGGUCUGUCUCCUGAUCUUAUAGUUUGCAGAUCUGAACAACCAAUAGGUGAUUCCGUGAAAGAAAAAAUUUCGAAUUUUUGUCAUGUUGCGCCUGAACAGGUGAUAACUAUACACGAUUUGUCGUCCAUAUAUCGCGUUCCUUUAUUAAUGGAAUCUCAAGGUGUUAUUGAGUUUCUAAAUGAAAGAUUACAAUUAAAUAUUGGAAUGCCACGUCCCCGAUAUUUCAUGCGAAAAUGGAGGGAUUUGGCAGAUCGCAUUGAUCAUUUACGAAAAGAAGUAAAUAUUGCAUUAGUCGGAAAAUAUACAAAAUUAGAAGAUUCCUAUGCAUCAGUUACAAAAGCAUUACAACAUGCUUGUAUUCAAGUUGGCUACAAACUUAAAUUAACACGGUGUUGUAGUACCAGGUGGAUUUGGUAAAAGAGGUAUGCUAGGGAAAAUGGAAGCGUGUAAAUGGUGUAGAACAAACGAUAAACCUUUCCUUGGUAUUUGUUUGGGCUUACAAGUGGCAGUGGUUGAAUUCGCAAGAAAUGUUUUAGGCAUAGAGGAUGCAAAUAGUAUGGAGAUUGAUCCAGAAACUGAUCAUCCCCUCGUUAUAGAUAUGCCUGAAUAUAAUCCAAAACAAAUGGGUGGAACCAUGAGGCUUGGAAAAAGAUAUACUCGAUUUACAGAAAAUAAUUCUCUUAUAAAACAAUUGUAUGGUAAUAAGGAUUGUAUAGAAGAAAGACAUAGGCAUAGGUAUGAAAUUAAUCCCAAGUACAUUGACGAUUUAGAGGCAGCUGGUUUAAAAUUCGUAGGUCAUGACGAAGAAAAUUUACGUAUGGAAAUAGCAGAAUUGGAAGGGCAUAGUUACUAUAUUGCUACGCAAUUUCAUCCGGAAUAUCUAUCUAGACCAUUAAAUCCUUCACCUCCAUUCUUAGGAUUAAUUCUGGCCAGUGUUGGUAAAUUAAAACAUUACUUAACCAAAGGUUGUAAACUUUCACCUCAAGCAGUCAGUGAUAAUGAAUCAGAAACCGAAUGUCUAAUUGAUGACAUAACAAUAACAAAACAACAAACAGCAAGCGAGGCUAGUAUGAGUGGUAGCACUACAUCCUGCACUGAUUAAUUUGAAUAAACGAAACUAUUUUACCCAUAUAUGUACAAAAAUUGACGUUACAAAAAUUUUUUAUUUUAAACAUAAAUUUAGGAUACGUAUCUCAAUAUACGUAUGGUAGUAUAUAUUUAUAUUAUAUACGUAUGAUUCUACAUAUUUAUAUUAUAGUUCUACUUUUAAUCCUCUGUUAACCGUGCCUGAGUCUAUCUCGAUCGUUAGAAGCAUUGGUCAACGGAGGGUUAAACACGCAUGCAACUUAUAAUGAAAAGAAUUGAUAGAUAAUAGUUUUAUACUAAAUAAAUAAAAAAUAUUUGCAAAUUUCACUUCUUGGAUUUCUUGGACAAAAGUUCUUUUUAUAAUAAAUAACAAUAUUUAUAAUAAAUUACAUAUUAUUAUUAAUUUAGUGUAAAAAAAUUUACAAAGAACUGUAUUUCAAACAUAAAAAUUUUGUUUGAAUUACAAAUUUGUAAGCAUGUUAUUUCCAUUGUAAAUAGCAAUGAAUUAAUUCGUUCGUUGAUGUAUUGUUAUUGUUUCAUGUUUUUUGAUUAUAAUUUUUAUAACUAUCGUAUAUUUCCUUUUUCUUCAUUUACAUACAUAUUUUUUUAUAAUUCCAGGUAAAAAAUGUAAUUCUGUAUACUAUAUACAAUGUGUUUUCGUUAAUUGUUAUAUUUUAACAAUUAUAAAUGUAAUUUAUAUUUAUAAAUAUAAUUAUAUUUAUAA